AUGGUGGCCCUGCUAAUAUUUUUGGUUUCUUCAGACCAGCGGGUUGCCGGAUAUAUCAAGGGCUACGUUCGUCGAUUCUGGCAGUUGGCACAACAAAUACCGCCAGCCAGCCAGCCACAGCAAUUACUGACAGAGAAUACCUUCACAAUUUCACAACAAGAUCUUGAACGGACUACCGACGGGUCCCUCGUCUGGGGUGCAGCAUACCACAUCCCUGCCUCACACGCAGAGGAAGUGAGCGCAUACUUGGACGACCGAGAGAUAGAUGGCUACAGUGUACACUACACUCCCUUUUAUCCGUGCUCAAGUUCCAAGAAUGAUGAAGCCCAGUCUGCUGCUGGCUUGCAGUCGAGAGAAUGUAUGGUCUAUAUUGGGCUCCCGAGCAACACCCAGUUUGUGCGUGAACCAGCACUGCGCAAGCCGGAUGCCAUAGCAGAAGUGAUCUAUGCAAGCCGGGGCCAGAGUGGAGAGAACAAGGAUUACCUCUAUUCGCUUGAGACCGCGCUCGAGGGCCUUGGACUGGGUUCUUCUGAUGUUCACGUCACGGACUUGGUGCGGCGCGUGAAGGCCCUGCAACAAAGCGGCUGA